AUGAGCUUCUCUAUAUACGACUUGGAUGAAGAUAUUCUCCAGCUACUCAAUCUUGAUAACUUUUUAGGAGGUUUAUCAGUUAAUGAUUUUGUUGAAGAGCUAAGUAAGGACCAUUUCUUGAAAGGUGCUGAAGUCAAUAAACUAGAAUAUUUAGAUCCUAAGCCUUAUAUAAGAACAUUUGAAUCAACAUUACGGGAGCUAAAGCAAUUGAAUAAUAGGGCUUUGGCUAAGAAUUCACAGGCUGAAAAGGAUGUUGAGGACUAUGAAUUAAAACACAGUGAAAAUGUGCUUGAACUUUCAUCCAAAGUGGACAGAAUAACCAGAAAAUUUGGUAGCUUGGACACCAAGAUAUCGGAAGUUUCUAAUAGAAUUGAUCCAUUAGGGAAUUCGUUAAACAAAAUCACCAAUUCAAGAGAUAGAUCAACAGAAACCAUAUUCUUGAUUAGAGCUUACCAUGGAUUUUAUACAAAGGAGAAAUAUGACCCUCUAGAAAAACUUAGAACCAGUAAGGUGUACGAAGAUAAAAUUAAAUGUGCCAAAACAGUUAGUAAUCUUCUUACGCUAGCAAAGAAAAUUGCAUCUCCAGAUUUACCGAAGACUGACCAUUGCGUUACUGUUAUAGAAAAGUUCAGUGAAACAAUGGAGAAAGAAUUGCUAAAGAAAUUUGACGUAUAUUAUGAAUGUGAUGAAUAUGAUAGAAUGAAGGAAGUUGCUAGUAUUUUGCAUCAAUUUAACGGCGGUGCUACAGUCGUACAAUUAUUUUUGAACAAACAUGACUUUAUGUUGGAUACAGAAAAUUUGGAUGAUAAUUCUUUACUUGACAAUGAGGCUAUUUGGAACAAAUUGUCAGAUCCUGAUUUCGGGGAAAAUAUCAAGGAUGAAUCCACAGAAGCAUUGCUUGAUGGGCUAAAAAUAUCAAUAAAAGGCCAAGCAAGAAUUGUUCAGCAGGUUUUUGAAGAUGCUACACCUGUAUUGAAAAUUUUUAUACAAAGAAUCUAUGCCCAAAUUAUUCAAAACAAGAUCAGUACACUUCUCCAGUAUUCUUUAUCAGUAAGUACAUUGGCUCAUGUUAGAGUUUUGCAUUCUUUGUAUGUAUUGGUUGGUGAUUUUACAAAAGACGUUAAAGAAUUUUUAACUACAAAUGAAUUGGAUAUGAGUAAUGAAUUGUGCCCUACAUUAGAUCAAUGUUAUUAUGAUUUAUUUAUUGAAUACACUUCCGAAAGCAUAUACUUCAACAGGGAGAAGAAAAAUUUGGAAGACACAAUCUACAGUAUUGUUCAGAAGUUUAAUACGUACAACGAAAAGGCAUUAUCUAACAAAUACUUAUCAACAAAGCUUGAAAAUUUGGAUAACUUAGAAUAUAAUGAGAAGGCUCCGCAGGAACAUCAUGAUAGAUUUAGUUUCCAUUUUUCGGAAAAGAAGAGGUUAAAUCAAUUUACAAACUUUAUGAAGACGCACUUAUCUGAACGCAAUGCAAGAAACUCAACUGAUUUUGAAAAACAUGAAGCCGAAAGUGAAAAAUAUUCUACAUUAAAUAUCAACGAGGUUGAGACAGUGAUAAAGUCUGCGGUUGAAUCAGUUGCCCGUGUGUUGGAAUUGGCUCCCAACAAAACACCAGAGUAUACUUUGGAAAUCAUAGAAAUACUACUUUUUGAUUUUGGUAAGCUUUACAUAAGUGCAGGGUUAGAGGUAGCAUAUGAUACACUCAAACAAGAGCUGUCAAACUCCAAGAUUAAUUCCAACCAGCCAAUAGAUUUAAGCUAUUUGAGUACAUUUAAAUUGACAAGUGAAAUUUUAUACCUAUUAUCAUCAUGCAUAAAAAAGAUAAUGCUACCAUGUGCUGUGAAUUCUCCUACUAUUAAAAAUCGAAUGAGCAGUUUGUCAAAUAGUUAUAUAUCACGAUGUGAAAUUUCCCUUAAUAUUAUUAUUGGUGAUACAAUUGCUAUGAUAUGUAACAGAGUUGCAUACUUGUUAACGAGACAGAAAAAGAAAGAUUUCCUAUGCGAGAAUAUUGUAGAGGAUGAUACUGAGGCAUGUGAGGAGGUAUCUGAAUUUUUAACUCAUUCACAUGAAAAGCUUGCAUUGUAUUUGAAUAAUUCCAACCUAACUAAUGUCUUGGUUAAAAUAGGAAUGAACUUCUUGAAUCAACUUUUGGAACAUUAUAAGAAAUUUGUGGUUAAUUCUACUGGAGGUAUUAUUUUAACAAAGGAUGUGAUUAGAUUUCAAUCUGUUAUUGAUGAAUGGCAAAUAAGCGAAUUAUCUGAGCAUUUUCUAUUAUUGAAGGAGAUUGGCAAUUUAUUUACAGUUCAUCCAAACUUAAUCAAUUCGUUGGUCACAGAGGGUCAAUUGGCAAAUUUAAAACCUUAUGCCAUAAGGCAGUAUAUUUCAAAGAGAACUGAUUUCAAUCCAAGCUACUUGGAAAAGUUUUUCAAUUUUAAAUGA